UUUCGGUAUUAUAGCGAGACAGUUACUGAUGGCUUCUUUUCUGCCCCCUUACAGCCAUGGAGAAUGCAGAAUGGGAUCUAAUGGCUCAGCCAGUUAGCAUUACAAAGCAGGAAUAUAAUAGGCAUGUAAGUACACUCUGUGGAUGCCCAAAUGCAGCUUUAAGGUAUUUAUAUAGAGAUACAGCUUUUGCUACACGCAAAAAAAAAAAAAAAAAAAUGAAGACGGUUCUUAUGGUGGCAGAGAAGCCUUCACUGGCCCAGUCAAUUGCCAAAAUUCUUUCAAGAGGCAGUGCCUCCUCUCGGAAGGGUCUCAAUGGUGCCUGUUCUGUGCACGAAUACACAGGAUCAUUCAUGGGUCAGAGUGCACGCUUCAAGAUGACAUCAGUUUGUGGCCAUGUGAUGAGCCUGGAUUUCAUAGGGAAGUAUAACAACUGGGACAAAGUGGACCCUGCUGAGCUCUUCAGUAAAGCUCCUACAGAGAAGAAAGAAGCCAAUCCCAAACUUAACAUGUUGAAAUUCCUGCAGGUGGAAGCGCGUUCCUGUGACAUUAUUGUACUCUGGCUGGAUUGUGAUAAAGAAGGAGAGAAUAUUUGCUUUGAGGUUCUUGAUACAGUGCUGCCAGUUAUGAAUAAAUCCACUGGGGGUGAAUGCACAGUCUAUCGUGCCAAGUUCAGCUCUAUCACAGAUACAGAUAUCCUCAAUGCAAUGAAUAAGCUUGGAGAACCCAACAAGAAUGAGGCCCUUUCAGUAGAUGCAAGACAAGAGCUAGACCUGAGAAUUGGAUGUGCAUUCACACGGUUUCAAACAAAGUAUUUCCAGGGUAAAUAUGGCAACCUGGAUAGUUCUCUUAUCUCUUUUGGCCCCUGCCAGACCCCUACACUAGGAUUCUGCGUGGAGCGACAUGAUAAGAUCCAGUCCUUCAAGCCCGAGACAUACUGGGUCCUACAAGUUAAGGUGAGCCGUGGCCAGGAACAGUCUUUAACUCUGGACUGGGACAGAGUUCGGAUCUUUGAUCGUGAGAUAGCUCAGAUGUUUCUAAAUAUUACUAAGGCAGCACGGGAGGCACAGGUGGAUUCUGUCAGCAAGAAGGAGAAGGCAAAGCAAAGGCCACAAGCAUUAAACACUGUGGAAAUGCUACGCGUUGCCAGCUCUGCACUGGGAAUGGGUCCUCAACAUACCAUGCAGAUUGCAGAGAGAUUGUACACACAGGGUUACAUCAGCUAUCCCCGUACAGAGACCACACACUAUCCUGAAAACUUUGACUUGAAAGGAACACUCCGGCAGCAAGCUAAUAACCCAUUCUGGGCUGAUUUGGUUAAGGCAUUGCUUGCUGAAGGUGUUAAUCAUCCAAGAAAAGGGACAGAUGCUGGAGACCAUCCACCAAUCACCCCUAUGCGUUCAGCAACAGAAGCGGAGCUAGGUAGUGAUGCUUGGCGACUGUAUGAAUACAUCACUCGACAUUUCAUUGCCACCAUCAGUUAUGACUGCAAAUACCUCCAGACUACUAUUUCUUUUAGCGUGGGCUGCGAGCGAUUUACUACAACCUGCAAAGAAGUGAUUUCUCCAGGUUUCACAGAGAUCAUGCCUUGGCAGGGAAUCCCUCAUGAGGAGACUUUCCAGCCUUGUGAGAAAGGUGACAAGUUUGGUGUAGAUGAGAUAAGGCUUCUAGAAAAGCAGACGUCUCCUCCAGAUUACCUGACAGAGGCCGAACUCAUCACUCUGAUGGAAAAACAUGGCAUUGGAACGGAUGCCAGUAUUCCCGUGCAUAUUAACAAUGUCUGUCAACGCAACUAUGUUACUGUGGAGAGUGGGCGCAGAUUAAAACCAACCAGCCUCGGUAUUGUGCUGGUGCAUGGCUAUUACAAAAUAGACCAGGAGCUUGUGCUUCCAACAAUUCGCAGCGCACUCGAAAAGCAGCUCAAUCUAAUUGCUCAAGGGAAAGCUAAUUUCCAACAGGUCUUGGACCACACUCUUGAUAUAUUUAAAAGGAAGUUCCACUAUUUUGUGGACUCUAUUGCAGGAAUGGAUGAACUAAUGGAAGUAUCAUUCUCACCUCUGGCAGCAACUGGCAAACCAUUAUCUCGAUGUGGCAAGUGUCAUCGGUUUAUGAAGUACAUUCAGGCCAAGCCCAGCCGCCUGCACUGCUCUCACUGUGAUGACACAUACAGCCUGCCUCAAAAUGGGACUAUCAAGCUUUAUAAAGAGUUGCGCUGUCCACUGGAUGACUUUGAAUUGGUACUAUGGUCUUCAGGAUCAAGAGGGAAAAGUUAUCCAUUAUGCCCAUACUGCUACAACCAUGCCCCAUUCCGGGACAUGAAGAAAGGCAUGGGCUGCAAUGAGUGCACACAUCCAACCUGCCAGCACUCGUUAAACAUGCUUGGAAUUGCGCAGUGCGUGGAGUGUGAAAAUGGCGUGAUGGUUCUGGAUUCCACCUCUGGUCCCAAGUGGAAGAUGUCUUGCAAUAAGUGUAAUGUUAUAGUACAUUUCUUUGAAAAUGCUCAUAGAGUGCGUGUGGCUGCUGAGACUUGUGAGGUUUGUGAUGCUGCACUUGUACUUGUAGACUUUAACAAAGCUAAAACACCACUGCCUGCAGAUCAGACGCAACAUACUGGCUGUGUGUUCUGUGACCCUAUGUUCCAGGACCUAGUGGAAAUCAAACAUGCUACAAUGAGACAUCCUAUGCAUAGGGGUGGACAGGGCAGAAGGCAAGGAAGAGGUAGGGGCAGAGGUAAGAGAGUUAACCCCAAAAAGCCCAAGGACAAAAUGGCUGCCCUGGCUGCAUACUUUGUGUAACGUUUCAUUAAAAUAUUCUACAACCGAAUAAAAAAGCCGCAGAUUAUCCCAGGGACAAAGACAAGUUACCACCACUUUGCUAUGUCUUUUUACAGUUUUUUUUUUAUUUUUUUUAAACCAGAAAUAACUUCCAUGUAUGAUGAAUGUCGUUUUUAUAAAGACCCAAAAUAAAUAAUCAUACCCUGUUAAUUUGUAAUCGCUAAAAUUUAUGGUAUAAACCUGCCCAAAAGCUAAAAAUGGACAAUUGUGGGCAACAUGCAGAUAAUACUUUAUCAAUUGGGCUGUAUUUUAAGCCUUUCUUCUUUACCAGAAGUGAAUGCUAGAAACGCAAUGCACAUAGAAUGAGAAUAUAAUGGUAUAUAAUUUUUCAAAUACGGGCUAUUUAAUCCAGGCUGCCUGUCACUUGCAGUCACUUGUGCAAAUGUCAUAUCGCAGCAUGGGAUAACUGCACUGAAAAUGAAUUAUUUUCCAAAGCUGCUGCAUCACUGACAUCCAUCCCGGAUUGAAGCAAAAGAGAAUGCUCACAUCCACAACCUGACCUUGUUGGCAGAGGUGGCUUUGGUCAUAGUAAAAUGCUGUUUAUAAGUAAAGAUACAGGUACAUUUUUCUUCACUUGAACAGUAAAUGUAUUUUUACUUUAGCUUCUAAAUAAGAAUCAAAGUCUAACAUGCCUUGUAAUACAAUAAAUAUUGCAUGCAUUUGAUUUUUAUUAUUUGUGCAGUUAAUGUUCUCGAUUAAAGCACCUUUGUAGAAUA